AUGGAAGCGACCAGAUUGCAACCCUUUCUUUUCACUUCAUCUCUGUGGGGAAACAAUGCCUGGACCACACCUGUUUCAGACAAACAUACACAUACCAACCAACAGGAUCGUAAUUUUCGAUCCCGGGAAGUGCCUCUGGAAAGGGAAUCUUCCCUUGAGUCCUCAAAGCUCCAUCUCAUGUUCAUCUAUCCCAAACGAGUGAUCGUGCAAAUCCAGGCGGUAGUCGGCAGAGCGCUGCCCGUGCGCGAACCAUCCUCUCCCCCAAUCAAACGUUCUAUGGCAUCUCGCCGAAAGCUGUCUCAAGGGCUGGGCCUCUUGGACAUGUAUACUUAG